AUGGAAGACCAAAAGAAGUCUGCGGAGCUCUGCGAAGAAGCAUACUGCGCCCUGCUCAUUCGGAAAAUCAACGAGCGCAACGAGCUAAUCUCGGUGCAGGACAUCAAGAAAAUCGACAAGGCGCUAGACUUGGUCAUUAUAGACCCGUACAUGCGCAUACAGAAGAUGCAAAGCCAUCUGAAAGACGUGAAGUUUUUUCACAUUAUGCCUAAAAAGCCGUCAAAAAUGGAUCGGAGGACCGAGCGGCUGGGACAGCCGAAAUGCAAAAGACUCUGCACGGAAGCAGAAAGGGCCUCCCCAAAGCUUUUUUCAUCUGCUGCCUUGAACAACAACGACUACCAGUGCAUGCAAAGGCAUCUGAAAAGCGAAGAUAUGUACAGAAGAGAGAUUGAAAAAAACAAAUGGGUGCUGGAAGAACUGAAAAAAGAGACGUCUGUUCCAAGAGGCCCGCACACGCUGUACCUUUUGCUUGUGGAAACAGAAGAGCUCUUUCUUCCGAUUAGCCUGUGCUGA